AUAAGCGCACCCAGCUGUCGGGCCGUUCCAUUGCGUUGGAGCAUAUUUCAAACAUGUCUGAAUAAAGGGCCCAUUUUCUUCCAAACUUUCCAAUGCAACUCAACUCGCCGUUGCCUCAUGCGCUCCCCUGAGAUAAAUCCCCACCAAAAAUCCUCUCCUGUAGUCAGAUUGAAUGCUCUUUGUGGGUGGGAGGGACUCCUGAUUUCGGGGAGGUUUUAACGCAGAAGAUGGGUGGGUCACAUCCCUUGGUUCUGCUGCGAGCGCUUCCAUUCGGUCACACAGGGCAUAUCCGCACCAGCGGAAACUGAAAGCAUAACGCACUGUCACUGCUGCGACGAAAAGUGGAAUGAAUUUGGACAGAAUUGCAGAGACCGUGAGACCCCCACCGACGCGCGACAUGCAGGCUUCUACGCUUCACUUGCCGAGAACUUCGAACAACACUCGAGAAACCUUAGAGAACUCGAGCAGCGAGUCAUCCGAUACUGAAAUAGCAGAGAAAGAGAGGAUCAUAGAACACAGAAGUGACGAUGGCAACGCAGACGACCCCAAAAAGAAGAAAGCGAGACGGCAGAGGACUCAUUUCACCAGCCAGCAGCUGCAAGAGCUCGAGGCCACCUUUCAGAGGAACCGCUACCCGGACAUGAGCACAAGAGAGGAGAUAGCCGUGUGGACCAACCUCACCGAGGCCAGAGUCAGGGUGUGGUUCAAAAAUCGCAGAGCCAAAUGGAGGAAGCGUGAACGCAACCAGCAAAUGGACCUGUGCAAGAACAGCUACCUUCCCCAGUUCAGUGGGCUCAUGCAGCCCUACGACGACAUGUAUCCCGCCUACACCUACAACAACUGGACCAACAAAGGACUGACCCCGGCCCCUCUGUCCACAAAGAACUUCACCUUUUUCAACUCAAUGAGCCCACUCACAUCCCAGUCAAUGUUCUCGGCUCCUAACUCCAUCUCUUCUAUGACUAUGGCCGGAGGUAUGGGCCACUCCGGUGUACCGGGGAUGCCGACUGCUGGCCUGAACAACAUCAGCAAUCUUAACGGCAUCGGCACCUCUACAAUGAACUCAGCCAUGUCCUCCUCCGCAUGUCCGUACGGACCUCCCGGUUCCCCUUACAGCGUAUACAGAGACACAUGUAACUCUAGCCUGGCGACUCUGAGACUGAAAUCGAAACAGCACCCAACCUUUGGAUACAGCGGGUUACAAAGUCCCGGGUCUAGCCUUAACGCCUGCCAAUACAACAGUUGACCGAUCAGCCGCGAUGAAAAUAAUUUGCCGACAGCUGUGGGCCUAGUGGGCCUACCUGCGAAUGGGGCGAAAGACAACUAAACUGGACUAGUUGCAAUCAUUUUUCAAAUGGAUUAUGCGGGUUGUAUGUGUUUACCAUUGAACUUGCACAACAAUUUAAAUGCUUUUUUUUUUUUGAUUUAAAAAGUGAUGAAGACGUGUUACAUUGCAACAUUGAACAUAAGAAACAAAGGAACUUCUGUGUAUUUUUCGCUUGCUUGCUUUGAGGACUCAAACCAAUUUUAAACGUGACUUGUAUAGGCCUAGGCCUAUAUACUCCUGGUCUUGGAUUAGGAACAAGAAGUGCAACAAAAAGGCGUAUCCAGACUCGGUAGAAAAAUAAUUAUAUUGUACAUAGCUUAUAUUGCUCAUGUGUGCUUUACCGUCUAUGCAGGGGGUGCCACGGGCCCGGUUAUGUGUCAAUUCUUUUUUUAGCGUGAAUUUCAUUUUUAUAGCCUGCUUUGUCUGGAGUAUUUUCUCAUUUUUUAUGUGCUGAAAAUAGAAAUCCCGCAUGCUUUAACUUCAGUGCAACGUGUUUUGUACAAGUUGAUAAUUAUGUAAGAUAAAGCAAAGUCCAUUAUACUGUAUACAAAAGGUGAUUGAAAAGUAACUUCAUGUGUUUAUGAUCUGUUUGAAUACAAUAAAGCAGAUAGUAGUUUA